AUGAUUCAGAUCUGUGACGAUAAACUCCUCAUAUUUCACCUGCUGCUCCUCGUGUCAGUCUUGGCAUGUGAGACGAGUGAGAUCUUGACUUUCACUGCACAUGAAAGAGGGAAAAUUGAAAUACAGUGUACAUAUGAGUCUGGAUAUGAAGAACAGAAGAAGUAUCUCUGCAGAGGAGAAUGUCCAAUAGUGAUUAAAGGCAAAGCUGUUGAAUCUGAAUCAGCAACUCAAGACGUGAGAUUCUCUCUGACUGACAAUAAAACAGCCCGGAUCUUCACCGUCACCAUCACUGAUCUGAGAACAGAGGAUCAAGGCAAAUACUGGUGUGGUGUAAAGACGGGAUUUGGAAGUUAUGAUUAUAAGAGAGAGAUUUACCUGGAAAUUAAACAUGUGUCCCGAGUGUCUGGUGUGACUGGAGAGCAUCUGAAAAUCACCUGCCGUUAUGAAAGUGAAUUAAAGGAUAAUGUCAAAAUCAUCUGCAAAGCAAGCAGCACGUCCCUCUGUGAGAAAUCAGCUAUCAAAGUUUCAUCAGAGAAACACACAGCUACAGACGAGAGAUUCUCUCUGACUGACAAUAAAACAGCCCGGAUCUUCACCGUCACCAUCACUGAUCUGAGAACAGAGGAUCAAGGCAAAUACUGGUGUGGUGUAAAGACGGGAUUUGGAAGUUAUGAUUAUAAGAGAGAGAUUUACCUGGAAAUUAAACAUGAGCAUCUGAAAAUCACCUGCCGUUAUGAAAAUGAAUUAAAGGAUAAUGUCAAAUUCAUCUGCAAAGCAAGUAGCACGUCCUUCUGUGAGAAAUCAGCUAUCAAAGUUUCAUCAGAGAAACACAGUAAUGGACGAUUCUCUCUGAGCGAUAAUGCAUCUGCAGGAGUUUUUACUGUGACCAUCGCUGGUCUGACAGAAGAGGAUUCUGGGAUAUACUGGUGUGCAGCUGUACAGAGAGGACAAGAGCACAAGAACAAGUGGAUUUCAGUCACUGAUCUGAACAUUACUGCAGUCACAUCAGAGAGGAUGUCACCGAAACCAACAACAACAGCUUCAUUUCACACCAGCACACCAGCGACAGCAGAUACUGCAUCCGACAGAACCGUCACAUCUUCAUCAUCAUCAUCUUCAUCAUCACCUUCAGUGUUAAUGUUUUUUUCAUCCACUGCUAAUGCAGUGUCACCAAAACCACAAACGGGUUUUGCACCAAUCAUCAUGGUGGUGGUCAUAGGGAUACUGACAGGGUUUGGAUUCUCAUUGUUCAUUUAUUUAAGACAAAUAAGGAAGGCAAAAGGGCAAAAGGAAGAAGGAACGCAGCCCAAAGAUGUGGUUCAUGGCCCAAAUAACAAUCUGCCCAGUCGAGAUACGGGAGAAACUAAAGAAGCCACACAUACAGUGUACGAUUAUGAAGACAUCAGUAGCUCACUUGAUCAUCCUGACUAUAGUCUGAUCCUUCCGGCAUUUGCUAAACAUGACGCCUCUGUUUAUGCUUUAGCACAAUUACCCAGCAGCCCCUCUGACAUUCUCACUUACUCCAGCAUCAAAUUUACAGCUGCACAUCAUUCAGACAGGACUUCUGAUGGGCAGGAAACAUGCGACUACACAACCGUUAGACCAUAAAAGACUGAGGACACUCACGGAGACCAGGUUAAACCUGAAUCACACCAAACUGAGAAUGCUUCUCACUUACUUUGUGAU